AUGAGGGUCUAUACAAUAAAAAAUUCCCUUUUUGAAAGACAAUAUGCUCAAUUUGUGAUCGAUGCCGUUAACAGUAUUCGAAAUAAUGCGUUAAAUACGCGAUUAUUUGCGCAGUUGUGUGAAGAAAACGAUGAAAAUUUUACCCAACUCCUUUUUCACACAAAUGUACGCUGGCUUUCAAGAGGAUUAUGUCUCUCCAGAUUUUUUGCACUUUUUGAAACUGUUUUGGAGUUUCUCGAAAGUCAUGAUGAAAAUUUGAAAGAAAACUUAGUAAAUAGAAAAACAGAUAUAGCUUAUCUAACUGAUUUAUUUGCUAAAUUUAAUGGGGUGAACUUGCAAUUGCAAGGUGAUAAUUUAAACUUAAUAAAAACCAAAUCUAUAAUCUCUGCAUUUCUUGCCAGAAUUAAGAUAAUGAAGCAAAACAUCGGACGUUAUGAAUUUUCCCAGUUUCCUAAUUUGUCACCGGAAAUAUGCCAAGAAGACGAUGUUUUAAUUUAUGUUCAACAUUUGGAUUCGCUAUAUUCAGAUUUUGAGACUAGAUUUGAAGAUAUUUUAACGCUUGUAAUACCCCAAUGGAUAAUUGAUCCAUUUGGUGAGAUUGAGGAAAUGGAUGUUACCUUACAGGAGGAAUUAAUUGGAGUUAGUACUAACGAAGAGCUAAAGGUACAGUUUAGAAGGGGAUACCAACAAUUUUGGCUUCAAAAGGACAUACCUGCUACUUAUCCUAAUUUAUGGAUUGUUGUAAGAAAGUUUUUAAUUGCUUUCCCAUCUUCAUAUCUUGUAGAAAGGGGGUUUAGCGCAGUUAUGAAUCUCAUAACCAAAAAAAGAAACAAACUAGAUAUUAUUAACCGAGGAGAUUUGAGGUUAAACCUCACUAAAUUAAAGCCAAACAUUGAUAGUUUAUUAUCAAAUCAUCAAAUUCAUCCCUCUCAUUAA